CAAGCAAAAUAAACAAAAAUGGGGCGCUUGUCAGCGUGUGGCAUUUUGAAUAUGUGAUGUGAUUCUUUGAAAAUACAGGAUUAUUUAGUAUUUUAUCGUUUCCCACAAUCAGCCAUUGCUGUAUAGCACGGUUAACAUCAGAUUUGAAGUGUUACAAGCUGAAUCUCGACUCUGUGAUGAACAGUAAGUAAGCAAGCACGUGCGACAAUGGAUAGUGAUCUGAGCUCACAGGACAAGAAAGACUUGGACAAAUUCAUCAAAUUCUUUGCAUUGAAGGCAGUGCAAGUGAUAGUUCAAGCUCGACUUGGAGAAAAGAUCAGCACAUGCUCAUCUUCAUCACCAACAGGUUCAGACUGGUUUAAUCUGGCAAUAAAAGACAUCCCCGAGGUGACUCAUGAGGCAAAAAAAGCUCUUGCUGGACAGCUUCCUGGCCUCGGGCGGUCCAUGUGUGUGGAGAUCUCACUCAAAACCUCAGAGGGCGACUCCAUGGAGCUGGAAACAUGGUGUUUGGAAAUGAAUGAAAAGUGUGAUAAGGACAUUAAAGUGUCCUACACAGUUUAUAAUCGGCUGUCUCUGCUGCUCAAGUCUUUACUAGCCAUCACCAGGGUGACACCUGCUUACAAGCUUUCACGCAAACAAGGACAUGAUUAUGUCAUACUGUACAGGAUCUAUUUUGGGGAUGUCCAGCUGACAGGUCUUGGGGAAGGGUUCCAGACAGUGCGAGUGGGUAUUGUGGGUACACCCAUUGGCACCAUCACUCUGUCCUGUGCUUACCGCACUAAUCUGGCCCUCAUGUCUUCAAGGCAGUUUGAGAGGACAGGCCCCAUCAUGGGGAUCAUCAUUGAUCAUUUUGUGGAGCGUCCCUUCACUAAUAUGGCACACAUGCAUCCCUGCAGCUACAGAGCACCAGGAGAGGAUGAGGGAGGGCCAUAUGCAGGAAUAGACGACUCUCAGGAGGUGUGCACUACAUCCUUUUCCACCUCCCCACCAUCACAGUGUGUGUGCACUGUAAGUCAGGCACACUUUAAGACAGCUAAGCCGGCUCUGAUGGGCACGCUGAAGGUUCCCCUCAUGGGGCUUGGCAUCUCACAGCAACUGUACAGCUCUCGUCUGUCAUAUCAGACUCCUGCUCUAGGCACUGUGGAUUUGUGCCAUCCUACAGCUUAUACUGCUGCUGCACAUCCUCACCAGAUGGUCAUGCCAGGUAAAGAGGGUGGAGUCCCACAGGUGCCGGCUCAACCUAAUCACGGCACUGCUGCUGAGCAUGGUCGUAUCCAAUCAUGCCCCUCCGGUGAGUCCCCGCAACAGGCUCCGCCCGUGUCCCGCAGCAGUGAUGUGAAAAGUGUGUCACCCUCAGAUGCUGUAGAGACAACAUUCACCAGAAAAGUCGGAGCUUUCGUCAACAAAGCCACCACUCAGGUGACAACGGCCAGUCUGGAUCUCCCUUUUGCUGCGUUUGCUCCAAGAGCCUAUGACAUGGAGGAGCACGACCCAAUGGUGCACCCUCCGCCAUCACCAGCUCCCUUGUCCCCCCUGCAAGGCAGCCUGCACUCGGAUAGCUCGAGCUACAGUGGAGGACAACAACAUGACGACUUUGUCAUGAUUGACUUUAAGCCAGCCUUCUCCAAGGAUGACCUUCUGCCAAUGGACCUGGGCACUUUCUAUAAAGAGUUUCAAAACCCUCCUCAACUUGCGAGCCUGUCCAUUGAAGUCAGCUCUCAAUCUAUGGCUGAGGACUUGGACUCUCUUCCAGAGAAACUGGCCAUUUAUGAAAAGAAAAUGGAUGAGUUUGACGCAUUUGUGGACACUCUACAAUAGUUCAGAGAAAAGAUGGCAUCCUUCCCGUUUCCUCCCGGAAAGCAUCCUUCAUUCAAUGUUUUCAUUAACCAUGUUUUACAUGUCAGUUUUACCUUGUGAAAUGAGCUCUGAAGUGAACCAUUAUUUGGGGAAAAAGCCGAACAGGUAAAGUUGUGUGUUAAGGGACCGAGCAACAUGAAAAGCCCACGCUUGUAUUUAUUAAGAUAACAGAACUUUGUUAGUAAAGCUCACUGUAAUGAAUGUAUAAUUUUUAGUUAUACAAAAUGUUGUCAACGAAUCAACACAUCCAGCACACUGAAGUCACAUAAUACUUUGCAACAUUGAUGGGAGGAAAAACUUGCAAAAGCUUUACAAGAUGUCCAGUUUUUAUAGGCUUACACAUCAAUGAUACAAUAGUGAACAUUGACAAUAGGGAAUUGUGAGUCUGUGAUUGCUUAACUGCCUCUUGUACAUGCCAAAAGAAAAUACAUUGUAUCAUAAUUUGUAAUCUUUCUUUCAUUUGAGACUGUUUAUGAUCACAAUGUGUUGGGUCUUUAAUGGGUGAGAAAUGCUCUUCAUGUUUUUUUUAACGAUUCUACAUUAAAACCUUUAGGUUGGCAAUUCCUAUAGGAGCUGAACCUUCUUUAAUUGUUUUAAGUGUCUUCUUUUCCCCCUCAGUUUGUUAAUAUGGCAUGUAGAUGUUGUGUAAUAAACUGGUUCAUUUCAGACAGGACUAGAUUUAUUUUUU